GCACGCAGCAUGGAGACUGCGCCUGCGCGCUUCGAGCUUCAGGCUCCGCCCACCGCGGGGCGGGGCCUCGCAGAGGUCAGCUGACCCCGGCGGGCUCCGAUCCUGAAGCUGACACCGGCUGUGGAUCUUGAACUGAGUCACCGGAAGGAGUUAGAGCCUUAGCUUGGAGGCCUGGAAUGGGUAGGAUCCCGGAGCCAUUGCGCUCCGCUGACACAUUCUCCUGAGCUCGGCAGGUUGUCACACACACAGAGUGACCACGUAGGAACUCUGUGCAGGUGGCAAGGAACUGAGAGGACUCCUCUCCUCCUGCUCCUUCAGCCAGCCAUACUCUGGCUUGGGCUGUGGCUUCCCUGCAGAACAAACCUUGGCCGGCCUCUGGCCCCUCGCCCGUGUUCAUACACCUGCACCUUCUUCCCCGUUGGGACCCUCCCCUGCAGCCAUGGUCUGGAGGACACUGGGCGCCAGCAACUUUUCCAUCUGCCCCAAUGGCUCCAUCCAGUGGAUCUGGGAUGUGUUUGGUGAAUGCGCCCAGGAUGGCUGGGAUGAGGCCAGUGUGGGCCUCGGCUUGGUCUCCAUCCUUUGCUUCGCUGCAUCUACCUUCCCACAGUACAUCAAAGCCUGCAAGACAGGCAACAUGGACCAGGCCCUUUCGCUGUGGUUCCUGCUGGGCUGGAUCGGUGGAGAUUCCUGCAACCUCAUUGGCUCCUUUCUGGCAGACCAGCUACCCCUGCAGACCUACACGGCUGUGUAUUACGUCCUGGCCGACCUGAUGAUGCUAACACUGUACUUCCAUUACAAGUUCAAGAAGCGACCUUCUCCGUUGUCUGCCCCUAUCAAUUCUGUGCUCUUGUUCAUCUUGGGGACGGUGUGUAUCACACCACUGUUGAGCAGCACUGAUCCUGUGGCUGUCCCCAGGGAAGGCUUCCGGGGGCGGACGCUCCUGUCUGUGGAGCCAGGCAAUAAGCCCUUCACAAAGACGGAGGUCAUCGGUUUUGUCAUUGGCUCAGCCUCCAGCGUGCUGUACCUGCUCUCAAGGCUGCCUCAGAUUCGCACCAACUUCCUACGGCAGUCAACCCAGGGCAUUUCCUACUCGCUAUUUGCGCUGGUGAUGCUGGGGAACACACUGUACGGGCUCAGUGUGCUGCUCAAAAACCCCGAGGUGGGCCAGAGUGAGGGCAGCUACCUGCUGCACCAUCUGCCCUGGCUCGUGGGCAGCCUGGGUGUGCUGCUGCUUGACACCAUUAUCUCCAUCCAGUUCCUGGUGUACAGAAGCCAUGAUGCUGCUGCAGCUGCCUCAGAACGAGAGCCCCUCCUCCCCAGCUGACCAGCAUCCUGGAUAAUGGGAGCCUCAGCUGCCAUCCCAGGAGGGAUGAGGUAUGGGCAGUGAUGCUGCCGUCUCUGGAGUGGGCCUAGGAGGAGGCCUGGAACUCUGGGCCUGGCUGCCUCCCCUCCAUGCUUGGCCUUCAGACAGAUCUGGAGUUGGCUCGUGCUAUGCAGGGACAUACCUCUCAGGUAUAUGACAGCUGCCUGAGAAGCCUCUAGGGCACCCAUAGCUGAGACUCCAGAAGAUGGUGUGGCCACCUCCCAUCUACCUACCUCAAUCUGACUGUACUCCUGGCUACAUCAUAGUCAGGGGACCCAGGGUUGUCCCUCUGACUGGAUACAACCUAGUAAAUGGUACCUUCCAGCUGGGCCUGUUUCUGCUGCUCCUUCCUAUGGUGCUUAGGGUCUAGGCAGGGAUCCAGGGCAUGUCCAGCCUGAUCAGGGGACCAUGUGCAGCCUCCUUGGCCAUUGGCAUCCUAACUUGUAUCUCUCUGCCCUCUUGUACACAGACCCUACCCUGGUGUGGGACAUGGCAGCAAAGGUGACAUCAGUGGAUUCUCUGUUCCUGGGGCUCUGUAAGAAGCAGAUAACUAAGGGUAGGAUUUGGUUGAACAUCACCAGGGACUUGGCAUGACCAUGCGAUCUCCCCGUGUCCUUGCCAAGGCUGUGUUAGGGUGAGGUGGUUAGCCCAAAGCAAGGUGUGUAGUUAGGGGUCUCAUAGGAACUCAGUGAAGGUUACCUUUGAAGUAGAGCAGAGGGGCAGACUGGUGGCUUCCUGUAGAAGGUGGAGACCAGAAACACAAGUGGAGGACAAGGCCAGCAGGAGACAGGGCCCAGGGUUGAUGAGAGCAGAGAGGAAGGGAGAGAGGUUGCUCCAAGCUGUCUUUGUUACACCACCUUUUGGGGACAGAGCCCCAGCACCCUCCCCUGCUAGCCUCAGCUUACUCAUAUAUUAUUGUAGGUCCAUAAAGUCAGAUGCAGGCCAGGGGCCACCCUGGCAGAGACAAACAGGACAGCACCCACUGAGUGCUGUUUUAGCUUCUCUGCCCACAGCUGAAGUAAAGAUCUGGUACAGACCCAGGCAAGGCAUGUGGUGCUUCCAGCCAACUGCUGGCUAUCUUUGCAGCUCCAUGCCAUCCUGGGUCUUGGCUCUUUGCUAGUUUCCUAGGGCCAGAAUGGUACCUUUCCAAGUUCUGAAGAUCUGAGGCCUCAGUGUGGCACGUGACCCAAGGUGCAGGCCUGAACUGAAGCUGCAUAGGCAGGAGAAAAAUGAGAUGACAGCCCUGUCUGCGAAGGUCUCCUGGGUCUGUUAGGAGGGGUGACACCCCUUCAUGGGGGACCCGUGCUUUGCCCACAGGAAUGCCUGUCUGACACGGGGUACAGUCUCAGGAAGAUUGCAUUUCUCCAAACCUCGAUUCCUCCUGUCUUCUUGAGACUUGCUCCGGUGCUCCAAGUAGGGGUGAGAGUAGGGGGCUUGCAGAUCCUGGGGGCCUGGCUAUUAUAUCCGCUAAGUGAGGGGUUCACGGACUUCAGGAUCUCCAGUCCUUCUCAGCUCCCAUAAGCCUUGUGACUUAGGCCAGCUCCCUACGUCUGUUUCCCUCUCCCACAACACCGAAAACAAUGUUACCGACCUCUGACCUCCGACCCUCCGUGCGGCCUGCAUGAGUUGCACUUUAGGUUUUAUGUCCUGGCACAUGGGUGAAGAAAGGGUGACUACAUUACUGUCCCUAUCCAAGGGGAUGUAGCCAUCUCGUAUCUCCUCAGGGGGACAGCCAGCUUGACUAACAUGACCCUGCUGUAAUGAUGGCCCCAUUGCUGCUGAGGGUAGGAACUCCACAGCUGGCCUCCACACACUCUUUAAAACAACAAAAUCCGCUGGGCAGUGCUGGGGCAUGCCUCUAAUCCCAGCACUUAGGAGGCAGGGGUAGGCGGAUUUCUGAGUUCGAGGCCAGCCUGGUCUACAGACUGAGUUCCAGGACAGCCAGGGCUACACAGAGAAACCCUGUCUUGAGAAACAAACAAACAAAAACCCCACAAAAUAAGGAGUUUGUGAAAUAAGUCACAAAGACAUCAAUGUAAAUAGAUCACAAAGUUCUGUGAAUUUAUGUAAGAUGUUUAUAUUCUGCAUUUUAUAGUUUAUAAAAGUAAUUAUUGAAAACCAAGCUCAGUCAGGGCUGGAGAUACGUUUCAGAGGUUAGAAACAUCUUAUUCUUGCAGAGGACCAGAGUUCAGUUCCCGACACCCACAGCAGCUUACACCUACAGCCCAGCUCCAGGUGAUCUGAUGACUGCCCUCCCCCAACAAGUAAGAAAUAAAAUAUAAAAAUGGAAAAGAAGACCAAGGUUGGUGGCACAGGUUGUUCUUAGCACUGGGAGGCUGAGGCAGGAAGAGCAACUGAAGGAUAGCUUGGGCUAUAAAGCAAGUGAAAGGCCAGCCUGGGCAACUUAGCAGACCCUUUCUCAAAGUUAACAAAAAGAAAUUAUAAUUGAGUUCAGUAAGGAGACACAGAACUUAUAGAUCAAGGGAAAAAAUGUGCUAACUAGUUGUUUUCUGAGCAACUAUCUGUGUGCCUCAGGCUGGCCUGGAAGUCUGUAAGUAGCCGAGGCUGAUCCUGCCUCCAUCUCCCAAGUGCUGGCUUGCACCGCCUACCGGGCUCUGCAGUCUAUCUUGGCGUAGUAUCUUGAUUAUAGAGAACUCCAGCCUUUAAGAAGCAGGCUCAGACAACCGUGAGUUUGCUCUCUGGUGACUUAAGCAUGUUAUAUUUCACACAGACCCAGGUCCCAGAGGCACCCCAUACUGUAAAGCUUGCCCCUCAGUCGAGUGGUGUGUCUUCCUAACUCACAAGUAGCCCUACCCAGGUGUUCCACCCAUUGAGAGCUAAACAGCUCAGGCACGGGCUCUUAAUCCCAGCACUCCGAGGCAGGCUGACCUCUAAUGAGUUCAAGUCCAGCCUGGUCUUCAUGGUGAGUUCCAGGCCAGCCAGGGCUACAUAGUGAAGCCUUGUCUUGAAAAAUAAACAAACAAAACAAGCAAGCCUAAGCGGCUGUGCAGUGGUAGUAAGUGCCAGCCUGCAUAGACCCCGUGAUGGGAGCUGUUGGUAUUUCCUACAGUUCUCUGCUGUCUUGCCUGCUGCUGCUGUUCCAUUGUGUGUCUAAUAAACUCUUUUCCUGCCC